AACCGGUUGAUCAGUAUCAAUUUCUUUGGAAACAAAUCUUCUUUUAACGCUCUUUGAAAAAAGUUUCUGCUAAACAACAACAUCAACAACAUUAUCAUUGAAUUUUUCAAGGUUUUUCCCCGUUUAUUUUCUUCUGUUGUUUCUCUCUCUAUUUCAUUGUUAUAUGAUUAUUAUUCAAUUUACCCAAAAAAACAGUAUUGCAUCAGUAUUUUGGUCAUCGUCAUCAUUUUUGGUGGUGCGGUUUUUUUCCUUUUUGUCAAUUUUCUCUUUUUAAAUUGUCAUUCAUUGUGUGUUUGUUUGUGUGUGUAAAUAAAGACAACUUCGACGACUACAGAAAAUAUUUUUCAUUAUUAUCAAAUACGGAAUUCGAAAAGAAAUCAAUCAAUCAAAUAAUGGCCAAAACAUUAUUAUCAAGAUUUGGUUCGAAAAAAGAUCUAACAAAUCAAUCUGAAUAUCAAUGUGCCAUAAGAUUAUUAGAUGAUGAAGAAGUAUUACAAACAAAUUUUCAACGUGAACAUAAAGGACAAUAUCUAUUGGAUUUUGUAUUUAAAACAUUAAAUUUAUUGGAAAAAGAUUAUUUUGGUUUACGUUUUGUCGACAGUAAUAAUUUAAGGAUAUGGCUCGAUCCAACACGAUCAAUCAUCAAACAAGUAAAAAAUCUAAAUCCAAUUAUAUUCUGUUUUCGUGUCAAAUUCUAUCCAGCUAAUCCAACAUUAUUGAAAGAUGAACUAACACGUUAUUAUCUUUAUCUACAAUUACGACGUGAUCUAUUAAAUCGUCGUCUUUAUUGUCUUCCAGCUGAUGCUAUAUAUUUAAUGGCUUGUGUUGUACAAUCCGAACUAGGCGAUUAUAAUGAAUCCGAACAUAAAGAUAAUUAUGUAUCAUCAUUGAAAAUAAUACCAAAUCAAAAUGAAAAAUUAGAAUUAGAAACAAUUGAAUUACAUAUGAAUGAAAUGAAAUCAUUAACACCGGCUGAAGCUGAAUUAAAAUUUCUUGAACGUUCAUCAAAAUUAGAAACAUAUGGUAUUGAUCCAUAUCCGGUUAAAGAUCAUAAAAAAAUUCAAUAUUUAAUCGGUAUUAAUCAUUCGGGUAUAUUAGGCUUUCAAGGCAACAAAAAAGUUUAUCAUUUUAAAUGGAAUGAAUUACAGAAAAUUACCUAUGAAAGUAAAAUGUUUAUUCUUCAUCAUUAUACGGGCGGUAAAAAGAAUCUUGUUGGAUUUAAAUGUCCAAACGUUUUUGCCUGUCAAAAUUUAUGGCGUUCAGCCGUUGAACAACGAUAUUUUUUUACAAUGAAUUCAUCGAAUGAUAUACCAACUAUAACGACUGGUGGUGGCCUAUUUUCUAAACAAUGUAAACUUCGUUAUAGUGGUCGUGUUGAACGUGAAAUUAUUGAAGAUAUGAAAAAAAUUCCUGAUCCAAAUGGUUCAACAACAAUAAAUCGUCGUCAUUCAAUGAAUACAUUACCAUCAUCUAUGCGUUCAUUUGGUCGUUCAAAUACGGCACCAUUACCGGAUGAUGGAUCACCUAAUAAAUUUCAAUCAAGUUUUUAUGAUGAUAAAAAUCCUUACCUAAAUUAUUCGGUCGUUUCUGAACCAGAAACUUAUGGCCAUAAAGAUGUUGGAACAUUUCAACCAAAUUGUUCAAUGAUUGUUGAACCAUUAAAUGAAGAUUAUGAAAAUCAUCAUCCAACACGUAUUGUAUCAUCAUCAUCAACAACAACAACAACAAAUCCAUGUUUACCAACAGAAUUUGAUAUGCGACCAGAUUUAACACCAACAGGUGAUGAACCGAAUACGAUCUCAUUUGAAACACCAAUAGUUCGAUCAUCACCAUCACAAUUAUCAUCCAUACAACAACAACAACAACAAAAAAGUUCAGAAGAAGAAACAACAAAUGAUUCGGAUGAAACAUUAGAACAAGUAAGCGAAAUUGUUGAUCAAACACCAUCAACAUAUCAACAACCACAUAGUAAAAAUGUUAAACAUUCGAAUAAAAAUGAUGGAUCAAACAAUCAAAAUAAUAUCAUUACUGAUAAUAAUAAUAGUAACAAAAAUAUGGAAAAAUUAUCAAUGAAACGUAAGACAAAAGUAUCAUGUGGAAAAAAAUUAUGCAUCAUGUUAUUUACAUCAUUAUUAAGUGCAUUGAUCAUAUUCAUAUUGAUUGCUGGUUUAUUAAUUGUCAUACUUGAAACCGAUACGGAAAUGUUUAUCGGAUUACGUAAACUGCCAGAAAUGAUGAUAUUUCAACGAGAUUAUUAUCAACCAAUCAAAGAAAAUAUAUUACAAUCAAUUAAUUCGAUAUGAAUCGUUCAUUAUUUAUCAAUAUAUAAGAUAUGACUGAUAUGACCAUUAAGUUAUCAAUAUUUUUUUUCCUGCUUAAAAAAUG